CUCCGCCGGGCGCCGGGAAACAAGGGAGAUACUUAAGAAGAGGGAAUGAAGGCGGUUUUGUAGCUUGCUUGGACAGGAGGCUACAAAAGAGGGAGAGGAAAUCGGAAGGAAGAAAAAAAAAAAAAUUCAGAAAUGGCGGGAACCUCAGGGCCGAUUCCAAACCCUAAGUACGAGUUCGACACUCCAAUUACCGCGCAAUGGCUGAUACACUACUCUCGCUUCUUCAACUUCCCUUCUCUCCACCAAGCUGCUUCAUCCGGUUCCAAACGCCGGAAGAAGAACACUUCCGGAACAUGGCUCUCUUCCGCUUCCAUGGCCUGCCUGCAACUCCUGCAGCAUCAAGCCGAUGGCGUCCUCCUUGUCUCUUCUCAGGGAAAAAUCUACGAACAACACCGGAUCUCGAAGCUGCAAUUCUCCUGGCCUCAGGUUUCAUGUCUGGAUAUUUGCCCUCUUAGAGGCAGCAGAGCUGUAUUUGCAAGUUAUGGGGAUAAUAUGGACCAGGUCCAAAAGUUUGCAAUGCGGUUCUUGUCAUCUUCUGAUGCACAAGCCUUCAUGUGCUCUGUAAAGACAAGCUUGAAUGCUGUUACAAGCGGGAUUACCGGUGCUAGAGUUGGCUCAGAACUUUUGUCUACAUCUAACUUCCUAUCAUCAGAUGGAAUAAGUGAUAGUACGUCUCAAGACAUGAGCAACCUGAAUCCUGUUGGAAACUAUUGGCCGGAAAUGCAGCUUGCAUCAGACCACAAAUACACACAAUACACUGAUGGAACACAUUCUACUCAUCAUUCAGUAGCUGGAGCUACCCCUGCACCUCCCAGCUUGACUACUCAUCUGCCAGACACUUGCAAUGAUGGACAUAGAGAGCUGCUGAAUGUACCUGAGCUUUUCUACCCCAUUCACAAGUCUACAGAACAGGCUGCCGUUGCAGAUCCUUGUUUCUUCGGUAUGCUGACGGGGUUGGAGGUCAUGGCAGCACAUGGAUAGGAAUGAUUUAAUUGGAGGUAAAGCUUGUGGAAUGAUAUUGCUUGCUAUUCAUAUAGCUCUCUCGAUCAGGCAGGCAGGAAAUGGGUAAGAAUUGAGGAUUGUAACUGGAGUUUGUUCUGGAAAAAGUUAGGGUACGAUUGAAACUGUGGUUUAAUUGUUUCAUACAGCUAAAAUCGUCUACUGGUUUCCAUUCCGUAUGAAUUUUUUUUGGGUCGAACUACCGAUACGAUACGAUUUUUUAAACACUUGUUUUUAAGGAAUGAACAAAGAAUGUGGAUGGUCUGUGUAUGUUGUUGCAAAUUGGGUGUACGAUGGUGAGGCUAAUGGAAACAGUCUCUACUCUCUACCUAGCUUUACUAGGGAGAGGAUGGGUGGAGGCAGAACAUAAAGCUUGGAAGUAGACAGAUAGCCCAGUUUGGUUGGUUGGUUGGUUGGUUGGUUGAAUUGAUAUGAUUUUGGUUUAGUCCAGUCCCCUACCUACGGGCUAGGGCUACUUGCGUUCGUAACAGUGAAAUAUUUAUGUCUGUUGAGUGUUGAGCCCGACCAUUUUCUCAGAGUUGCUAGAUGAGCGAAAUUCAUCGGGAAAGAUUUUGGUGAUAAAGAAGGGCAGCCUGAUCAAGUAUACCAAUGUAUGUUUCGUAUUGUCAAUUCUCAAAUAACCCUUCAUGUAGAAAUAAACGAUGAACGUUUCGGUGAAUGCGAGGAAUGGUCUUCCAAACAGGAUAGAGUAAUUUGUAGCCUUGUCUAUGACGAGUACUUCAAACUCGAGGGAAGAUGAAGGGUAAUGAAAUUUGAGAUAUAUCUCGAUAAGUCAAUCUGGGCUUCAUAUAGGUAUGGACUUAGAAGUUUGUGAUUGAUGAAUCGUAACCCACGAUUCAAACGACGUAAAAUGUCGAAAGACUAUUUUUAGGUUUAUUAUUCGAUAGCCCGGAAUAACGCCGAACUUAUAUAUAUAUAUAAUAUCCAAACCCUACCACUUAACCUAACUAUGGCCGAACCAGCUUCCCCUAGCUAGCCGACGUGACUAGUUACAAAACUAGACUCCCAAUUGGACUGACUAAGCCCAUGCAUUAACAACGUAAACAACUAAUACAACCCUUAAUAAUUGAACAAAAGCACAUAAAGCAUUAACCCCAAAGCCCAACAUUUAUUCUCAUCAGUGAUCUAAAUAAGUGGGUUGUGAAACUUCUCAUUGGGACAUGGAUCACCAAAGAGGCUUCUGGAUCGCCAUGGUUCACAGCCACCGGCUAUUGGAUGUGUGAAAUGAGGUUUCUUUACCUGGUUGGUGGUAAGAUCCAUCUGGUUCAAGUCUACAUUUGUUCUUUCUUAUGCCUUAGUAUGAAAUUCAUGUAAAACUACCUUAAAAGACAUCAAAGGUACCGAUAGAGGCUACAAAAAUGUUCAAAGGAACAAAUAUGAAGCAAAAUCGCAGGAGAAUUGAGUAAAGAUGCAUCAAAUAGCGGAUAUUUCGCUAAGAAAAGGAUAUGGAAACAUUACUUUUCCAAGUGUCAUCAAGUAAUCUCACACAUUGGACUAUUAAAUGUUAGUGUUGUGGUAUAUGAUUCAUGAUUGAACCUCUCCCAACAACUCGAGUUAUUGGGAUUAACUGGUUCUUGACAUGGUAUCAGAGCCUUCUGUGACAGAGAGGUCUUGUGUUCGAUUCCCGGUGACCCCCAUUUGUUAAGCACAUGGUAUUCUUGUUUUCAGACCUGUGCAAACUCCAAGCCCUUGUGAGUGGCUUUCGUUUGAGGGGGCAUGUUAGUGUUGUGGUAUAUGAUCCAUGAUUGAACCUCUCCAACAACUCGAGUUAUUGGGAUUAACUGGUUCUUGACAUUAAACGCACAUUGGAACU